AUGGCGGCGGAGCGGCGGCGGGCGCUGCGCUGGGCGCUGCGCUGGGCCCUGGCGGUCGCGGCGCUGGCGGCGGCCGCGGCGCUGGAUAACGGCGUGGCGCGGACGCCGCCCAUGGGCUGGCUGCACUGGGAGCGCUUCCUCUGCGCCACCGACUGCCGCGCCGACCCGCGCCGCUGCGUCAGCGAGCGGCUCUUCGUGGAGAUGGCCGAUGUGAUGGCCGCCGAGGGCUGGAGGGACGCCGGCUACGAGUUCGUGUGCAUUGACGACUGCUGGAUGGCGCCGACGCGGGACGCGAGCGGCAGGCUGCGGGCCGACCCGCAGCGCUUCCCCGGCGGCAUCCGACGCCUGGCCGACUACGUGCACUCCAAGGGGCUGAAGCUGGGAAUCUACAGUGAUGUUGGGAACAAGACCUGUGCUGGUUUCCCUGGCAGCUACGACCACUACGAGCUGGAUGCCCAAACCUUUGCCUCCUGGGGCGUGGACCUGCUCAAGUUUGACGGCUGCAACUCGGGCACGCUGGAGCUGCUGGCAGAAGGUUACCGGCGCAUGUCCCUGGCCCUGAAUAAGACAGGAAGGAGCAUUGUGUACUCCUGUGAGUGGCCUUUCUACUUGAGGCCAGUGCAGCAGCCCAAUUACACAGAGAUCAAACAAUACUGCAAUCACUGGAGGAACUUUUUUGAUGUCUACGAUUCCUGGAGCAGCAUCAAGAGUAUCUUGGAGUGGACAGCACUUCACCAGGACAGCAUUGUGAAGAUCGCUGGGCCAGGGGGCUGGAAUGAUCCUGACAUGCUGGUAAUUGGAAACUUUGGGCUGAGCUGGGACCAGGCAGUGACUCAGAUGGCAAUGUGGGCUAUUAUGGCAGCUCCCCUCUUCAUGUCCAAUGACCUGAGGCACAUUAGUCCUGAGGCCAAAUGGCUGCUCCAGAACAAAGAGGUGAUCGCCAUCAACCAGGAUCUCCUGGGCAAGCAGGGAUACAGGGUCACCAAGGACAAGAACUUUGAGCUGUGGGAGCGGCCCCUGUCUGGCCGAGCCUACGCUGUGGCAGUGCUGAACCAGCAGGAAAUUGGGGGCCCUCAGAACUUCACCUUCCCCCUGACCUUCCUGGGCAAUGGGCUGGCCUGCAACCCUGCCUGCUCUGUGCAGCAGGUCCUGCCAAGCAGCAGGGCCUGGGGGGUUUACACCUGGCUGUCCUCCCUCAGCGUGGAGGUGAACCCAACGGGCACCGUGCUGCUCAGAGUAGCAGCGCUCUAAGGAGCCACAGAGGCAAAGCUUUCCCUAAGCCUCAGACUCUGCCUGAACUUCUUGUCACAAGAAGCCUGUCUGCUCCCUCCAACUGGGCUGCCUUUGUUCUCUCCUCAGUCACUACUCAGGUGCCUCUAGGUGGACUUUGAACCUUGAGCCUAACGUGACCAAACCCCAUCGCUCCACUACCAGGAGAGGCCGGGAAGGGGGUGCUGCUUCUCUCGUUUACCCUUUCUCUGGCAUCUCACCUCACUCCUCCUCCAGGGGCCUGUAAGGGCCCUGCUGGGCAGCAACUUCUGUUUAUGCCCACUGCCACUACCAACCCAAGGCAGAGGAUGCACACAGCACCCUCCAGCUCUCCUUCAGCACUCAGGAAUGACAUGGAAACAGCCUGGCUUGGGCUCUGCCAGCCUGGGGCACACAGUCCAAGACAAGCUGCUCCUGCCCUCUCUGGAGAGACUCAGAGCAGGGACAUCUGCUUCCGCCUUCUGACAACUCAGGGACUGGCCUAAAUCACUGCACUUCUCUGCAACUGCUUUCUUGACAGCUGCCUGCUCAGUGCAAGGGGUGGUGAAGUUUGAUGCCUUAGGACUCAGCUUCUGAGCAUUUCUCUUUACCCCUCAGGUCUCCUCACCAGUGGCUGUCACUUCCAUUUAGACGACAAUUCCCUCUCCAGCUCUCACAGGGCCAGCAGGGUCCCUCCCCCAGUGGCUGCCUUGCAGCAAUGGCAGUGUACUUGCUUUCCCCUGCUUCAGUCACACUGGUCCCUCUGAGACAGGAGAGGAAUGCUGAAGCACUGGGGCAGCCAUCAUCUCCAUGUGUGUUCUCUUCUGCCUGCUGCACAAUCAGGGUAUCGGGUUUGUUCUUAUCUCUGUGAUUAAGCACUGUGAUUAAAGUGUCCCCUACCAAGGCAAA